UUCCGAGUAUGACGUAAAGGCGCGCGCGCACGUACCCCCUUCACACGUACACAUACACACACAUAGUGUUGAAGUCCGUCUGCCCGCGGUUUCCUGUGAUGGCAUGGGCUCCUCUAGUUUUCUCCUUACCGAACUUUUCAAGAUUGGUUGUGCCCCUCCACGGUCUAAGAAGUUUCUCGAGGAAGAGUGAGAAAAAAAUUGGAAAGUUAUAAAGGAGGCAGUAGUUUUUUCUUCUGUACAAAGCGAGGAACCCAACAUUUUUCUCUUGUUAGGCAAGGAUUUCUGGUUGUGGUUUUGGCGUUCCAAACAUCUCUGUUGUUUUGAGAAGGCUUUUGACGGUUGGAACUAAUUUGGAGAUGAAACUGUGCAACCACGGUCAGGAAGCUUCUGGGGCACAAUCUGUUCAUUGAAUGGAUCACUGAAAAUGUCUUGAUGGGCAGUAGGGAAGUGUGUUGUUUGCAACUGAUACAUAUUAUCAGGUUAAUUUCUGGAGGAACUAUUGGUAACAGAACAUUGGUAUGAGUUGGGGCUGCAUUAUGCUACAAACUAGCAAAUAUCAUUGUAUUUUGUCUGGUAGAUAACGGAAAGCUGAAAAAAGGAAGAUGCUUGUGAAGCAGUUCCGUUGCUUACACUCAUCAUCAUGCAUAUGCACCAAUGGUCAUCUUAAUGAAACUGUGAUAUACCUAGUUUUCCAGCAGUUGAAUUGGAAUCCAAGAUUGAUUGCCGCAGUUUCUUGUGUUUGCAAGUGGUUUGAAGAUGUGGCCAGAAGAGUCCUCUGGAAGGAAUUUUGCCGGACUCGAGCUCCAAAAAUGAUGCUAGAUCUGCAGUCUAGUGGGAGUCACAGUGUUGAUGGAAAUUGGAAGGUUCUUGGGAAGCUGCUUAUAUAUUGCUCAGGCUGCUACCAGGGUGGUCUAGUAAAGAACAUGUCAAUACCCGGACACUUUGUUUACAGGACUCGAUUUUCUAGGACGUCAGGCAAGAGCUUUCUUUUGCCACAAUGCCGGACAGACAUACUGUAUGUAUCAGACCCUUGUGAACAUCUUGAUCAAGGUGAUGAAGGAGAUAUUGGAUUCUUCCGGGGUGUUUUCAAGUCCUUUGCAGGAUCAAAGGUUCGUAAAAUGUUGAUAGACAGAAAUGCUGAACUGCAUCCCAAGGAAGUUUGUCCUUAUUGCCGAGCAAAAAUGUGGAAUAUGCUGCAAGCGAAUAUGAUACCAAGGAGUGCUCGUAACAGAUUGGGUGCCUAUGAGGACCGUGUGGAAUAUUUUGUUUGCUUGAAUGGACAUCUUCUUGGUGUUUGCACGCUCUUGCCGCUGACGGACUCGGAGGAUGUUUCAGAAGUUGAGUGAUGAGUUCACAGUGGAUUGUGUUAUGGUGAUUCAGUUUCUGACGGCUGCGUAUGGAGGUUUAUGGGUUCUUUAUGCUGGGCUCUCCAUGCUGAUUCGUUGUGGGUUGGUAUCCACAGCGUGUUUCUGCUGUUCUUGAGGUUGGGGCAUAUCUAUUGGCUGUAGCAGUAAUGUGUAAUUGAAUUGAAUGUUGUAUCACAUUUCUUGUGUCUACCACUAUGUAGCCAUGUCUUGAGCAGCAUCAUCUGGGAAUCCAACUUGAUGCAGUACUUGAUUUUGUAACAUCCAAUUGCAAACAUGCAUUAUUGUUGAGUUAGUUCAAGUGCGCUUUUAUCUUUAA